AUGUGUCCACCCGUAUUCUCCCCAGAAAGGAUGGAGUCCCGGCCAGGCAACAUCAGCACCACCUCCCACGAGGUCUUCUACCUGACAGGCUUCUCGAGCCUCGGGGAGCAUCGGCGCCUCCUCUCUAUUCCUUUUUUCUUCCUGUUACUUUACGUGACGUCUGCGAAUGCCAUUGUCACAUUUGUCAUUGCAACACAGAAAAAGCUGUACGAACCCAUGUAUGUGUUAAUCGGAUGUAUGACACUGCUGAACUUCUUUUGUCCUUUAUUCGUUUUACCAAGGAUGGUGGUUAGUUUUGCCACCGGUAGAAACGAAGUCACUAAGGGGGAGUGUCUCAUGCAACUGUUUCUAACACACUUCAGCGGCACUUUCCAGGGUAGUGUUCUGGUUCAGAUGGGCGUCGACAGAUUUUUUGCCAUUUGUUGGCCUUUGCGCUACCACAGCAUUGUCAACCUGCGAAACUCCAUUUUGUUCUCUGUGGCACUUGCCGUGCGCAACACUUUGACUGCUGGUGUGGCAGCAGGUUUGCUAAUCCCACACACAUAUUGCCACACGAAUGCCAUCUAUCACUGCCUAUGUGAACACACGUCGGUGGUCAGAUUGGUGUGCGGAAACAUUGCGCGCAAUGUAGUGGCUGGUGUCAUGUUAUUCACUUUGACCAGCACCGACUGUGCGGUUGUUUUGGCCAUCUAUGCCACCAUUUUCAUAGUCAUAUUCCAUAGCCAUACGGGGGAGGCACGCCAGAAAGCCAUCCACACCUGCGGCACGCAUUUAGUGGUGAUCACUGUUGGCUACUUCUGUGUUGUGUGUGCCUUUGUUGGGUACAGAGUCAGCAAUAUCGCACCUGAUAUAAGGAUUCUUUUGACCAUAUCGUAUCUGAUCAUCCCGUGUGCUUUUAAUCCAGUGAUAUAUGGGAUCAGGACAAAAGAGAUUAAAGUGCAAGUGGCUAAAUUGUUGAGGUUAAGUAGGCCUAAAGUGGAUUCUGAGAAAAGCUGA